GUGCUGGAAUUUUCAAAUUCUCCGUUCCCUCCGACCGCUGAAAACGCCGCUUUUUUACUUCCCACCCCCUUCCCCUCCUCCUCGUUGUGGUGUUUGGCUUUUUUUUUUUUUUAAUAUUAUUUUUAAAUUAGUUUAUUAUUUUGGAUCUUUUUGUAAUUUGCGCUCCCCGUCCGCACCCGCCCGCUCGGCGGCCGCGGGGCGACUCCGGCAGGGCUGGGGCUCGCCUUUGCCUGCCCGCCCGCCUGCCUGGCUUUUUUGCAGGGCUGCUGGGAGUUGUGAAGGCGUGUGAGAAUCCUGGGAGCUGGUGAUGUCAGACCGCUUGGGUCAUUUGAAGUAGGAAGUGAGCUGUUCAGAGGCAGAAGCAUCUAUUCACGGCCGAGGGGGAUCCCGAGCCUCCACCGGAGCUGUUUUAUCCCGGGGAGGUGGGCGAUUGGCACGGCGUGGGACGCAGCACACACCCAGCGAGCGCCUCAGGAGCUGGACUGACUCUCAAGAAAUUUUGGGGGGAAAUUGAUGGUAGCUAAAACUUGGAAUGCGGCUCGCAUCCCCCCAUCUUGCUGGAUUGGCUGGGCAGCCUGGAAAAUGGUAAAUGAUCAUUUGGAUCAAUUACAGGCUUUUAGCUGUGUUGUCUGUCAUAAUUCAUGAUUCUGGUCUGGGAAAAAGACCAACAGCCUACGUGCCAAAAAAGGGGCAGAGUUUGAUGGAGUUGGGUGUACUUUUAUGUGCCAUUUUCCUCCACACCUAGAGGAAAGCACUUUUGCAGGCAUUCUGUGCAGGGGGAAUCAUGUUUGACUGUAUGGACGUUCUAGCAGUGAGCCCUGCUCAGAUGCUGGAUUUCUACACUGCGAGUCCGUCUUCCUGCAUGCUCCAGGAGAAGGCUCUCAAAGCAUGCUUCAGUGGAUUGGCACAAACAGAGUGGCAACACCGGCACAGUGCUCAAUCAGUUGAAACUCAGAGCACCAGUUCUGAGGAACUUGUUCCGAGCCCUCCUUCACCACUUCCACCCCCUCGUGUUUACAAGCCCUGUUUUGUUUGUCAAGACAAGUCAUCCGGAUAUCACUAUGGUGUCAGUGCUUGUGAGGGAUGUAAGGGCUUUUUCCGCAGGAGUAUCCAGAAGAACAUGGUUUACACAUGUCACAGAGAUAAAAACUGUGUUAUCAAUAAAGUUACCAGAAAUCGCUGCCAGUACUGCAGACUACAGAAGUGCUUUGAAGUGGGAAUGUCCAAAGAAUCUGUCAGAAAUGACAGGAACAAAAAGAAGAAGGAACCUUCAAAGCAGGAGUCCACAGAAAACUAUGAAAUGACAGCAGAGUUAGAUGAUCUCACUGAGAAGAUCCGAAAAGCUCACCAGGAAACCUUCCCCUCGCUCUGCCAGCUGGGAAAAUACACUACAAACUCCAGCGCAGAUCAUCGGGUUCGACUGGACCUUGGGCUUUGGGACAAAUUCAGUGAACUUGCAACGAAGUGCAUUAUUAAAAUAGUGGAAUUUGCAAAGCGAUUGCCAGGCUUUACAAGUUUGACCAUUGCAGACCAAAUAACUCUACUGAAAGCAGCCUGCCUGGAUAUACUGAUCCUUAGAAUUUGCACAAGAUACACACCGGAACAAGACACCAUGACCUUUUCAGAUGGCCUUACCCUAAACCGAACUCAGAUGCACAAUGCCGGAUUUGGCCCGCUGACUGAUCUCGUGUUCACAUUUGCCAACCAGCUCCUGCCUUUGGAAAUGGAUGAUACAGAAACAGGUCUCCUUAGUGCCAUCUGCCUAAUCUGUGGAGAUCGCCAGGACCUUGAAGAACCAAUGAAAGUGGAUAAGCUUCAGGAACCCUUGCUUGAAGCACUGAAAAUUUAUAUCCGAAAGAGACGACCCAACAAGCCUCAUAUGUUCCCAAAGAUCUUAAUGAAAAUCACGGAUCUUCGUAGCAUCAGUGCAAAAGGUGCAGAACGUGUCAUUACAUUGAAAAUGGAAAUUCCUGGAUCCAUGCCACCUCUUAUUCAGGAAAUGCUGGAGAACUCUGAAGGACAUGAACCACUGACACCAACCUCAAAUGGAAAUACUGCAGAACACAGUCCCAGUAUCUCACCUAGUUCAGUGGAUAACAGCAGUGUCAGUCAAUCCCCUAUGGUGGAAUAAGACAUUUUCCAGCUACUUCAGACAUUCCUAAUACCUUAUGUACAGGGAUGAAAAGCAAGAAAACAUUUUUACUGCUGCUUAGUUUCUGGACUUAAUAUAUAUCUAUAUAUGUAUAUAUAUAUAGAUAAACUCAACAAGGACCAAGAAAUUUUCAUAUGUAUCGAUAUAUACUCCUUGCUGUUUAAACUCUUAAAACUAGAAAAUGCAAACUUUUGAAACUCUAAAUCAGCCAUUUCAUGCAAAAAAAAA